AUGUUUUUUAAGUUUGUCCGUUUUUUAAUAUACAUAUUUUUGUACUCCUUAUGUUAUGAACAUGUUAACAAUGUUAUUGCGUUACACAUUAAUAAAUAUAAGAAUGUGUUUUUAUUUGAAUCACCCAGUGUGUUAAUAAAGAACCGAAGAAACUAUAAGAGGAAAAUAUAUUCACAUGAAGAACAAAAAGUAAAGUAUGAUUUUAAUAGGAUUGAAGAAAAAUGGCAAACCAUAUGGAAUUCAAAGCGUUUGUUAGAUAAGGACUUUGAGGAGUAUAACAAAAUUAAUUUGGGAAGAAAACAAAAAAAGGAAAAGGGAGAUAAUUAUAAACAAAAUAGUUAUGUUGACAAAAAGAAUAGUUUUGUUGAUUAUCCAAAUAAAGAUGUAUACCAAGAAGGUGAUAAUAUAUAUAAAUAUAAUAAAAAAAAGUUCUACAUAUUAGAUAUGUUUCCUUAUCCUUCCUCAGAAGGAUUACAUGUAGGUCAUAUAUUAUGUUUUACUAUAACAGACAUUAUUAGUAAAUUUAAAAAAAUGAAUAAUUAUUGUGUUUUUCAUCCGAUUGGUUGGGAUUCCUUUGGAUUACCAUGUGAUAGAUUAUCGAUGAAAAAAAAAAUUGAUCCUAGAGAAAUUAUAAAUAAGAAUAUAUCGAAUUUUAAAAAUCAAUUAAUAAAAUUAGGUUUUCUUUUUAAUUGGGAAAGUGAAAUAAAUACAUGUGAUGAAAAUUAUUAUAAAUGGACCCAAUGGAUAAUUAUACAAUUGUUUUUAAAUAAUUUAAGUUAUAAAAAACGUUCUUAUGUUAAUUGGUCAAAUGAAUUACGUUGUGUUAUAUCAAAUGAUGAAUUAAGAAAUGAACUCAAUUUACAAUAUAUGAAAAUCCAAAAAAUUAAAUUAUUACAAUGGUAUCUUAAAAUUACCAAAUAUGCAAAUCGUCUAAUCAAAGAUUUAAAUAUGAUUCAUUGGCCUAUUAAAAUUAAAAACAUGCAAAUAAAUUGGAUUGGGAAAAAAACAGGUAUAUUUCUAAAAGCUCGAAUUAUUUCCUUAGACAAGUUUUUAAAUAAUACUGAUUUAAAUUUUGUUAACAUGAAGAAGUCUUAUAAUAACAAUAUGAUAAAUGUAUUUUAUAAUAAUAUUUUUAAUCACCUUUUUUUUAUAUUUAUAAAUUAUAUUUUAUCUAUCUUUACUUUUCACAUGUAUAUCAAUAAUCCAAAUGAAGAAACAGAAACUGAAAAAAAAAAAAAACAACAACAACAACAACAAAAAAAUACACAUAUAAAAGAUUUAAAUAAUAAAAUACAAAAAUAUAAUUAUAUUAACAAAUACGAUUUUUUCUUUUCCUAUCAUCAAAACGAUCUUUUUCUUUUCUUUUCCUUUUUUUUUAAUUAUUAUCAUAAUAGAAAUAUAGACCAAAUGAAAAAACAAAAAUUGAAUCUUCCAACGGAACCUUUUAAAAAUGAACAAAUUCGUGUUAGUCAUAAUAAAGAAAAUAAUAAUAAUUCAUCAAAUCUUGAGACAAAUUGGAUAAGUUUUAAUAUAAAAAAUUGUAAUGAUAUGAUAAUCAAUAUUUUGUUAAAUAAUAUGGAAACCUAUAAUGAAAACUAUUUCUUGUACCCCUUUAAAGAUGCUACAAAAAGUAAAAAUUAUAUAAAUGAUCAUAAUAAUAAUGACAAUAUGUUUAAUGACAAUAUGUUUAAUGACAGUAUGUUUAAUGACCAAAAUUCAUAUGUGAAAAUUUUCUUAAAUAAAAAUGAAGUUAUUCUUCAGAAUGAUAAAUUAAUAAUAAGCGUUAAUCAUCCAAAUAUCAGAAAUAUUGUUAAUCAUAAUCCCUUUUUAUUAAAAUUUAUUGAUAAAAUGGUUCUUGAAAACGAUACUGUAAGAUUAAAAAAUGAAGAAUUAUAUUUCACAGGUUCUGUUAUUUAUUCUCCUAUAAUUAAUAAAAUGAUUCCUGUUUUUUUAUGUGCAUAUAUUUUGGAUAAUAAUAAAAAUUUCCUCUUUUUGAAAAAGGACAUGACACAACCACAGGACAAAAAUAGCAAUACUAAUAUAUCACUAUUGUAUAAAAUGUUGCAAGAUUCAAAUUAUAGUAAAAAAAAAAAUAUUUAUAAUUUAAAAGAUUGGUUAUUUUCAAGACAAAGAUAUUGGGGAGAACCAUUUCCUUUUCUUUAUAAAAUUAAAGAUAAAAAUGGAUAUAUGGAUAGCACUAAAAUUAAGAAUGAUGACCAUAUGAAUGAAAAUAAUAAUAAUAAUAAUAAUAAUAUGUUGAGUGAUUGUAAAGAUAUUAAUAAUUUUUCAAAUUAUAAUGAUCAAAAUAAUAAUAAAAACAUAAGAAUAAGAAAAGUGAUAAACUCGCCAAACAAGAACAUAUAUAUAGAUGAUAUUCCUUUAAAGUUACCAAACUUUAAUAAAAAAAUAUACGAAAUAGAUCCUAAUAACGAACAGGAUGUAAAUAAGAUUUCUUCUGUUUUGUCAAGAUUUAAAAAGUGGAUGAUUACCAAAAAAUAUAAUAUGCUAUACAAACGAGAAAGUGAUAUAAUGCCACAAUGGGCUGGAUCAAGUUGGUAUUUUCUCAGAUAUAUUGAUUCAAAAAAUAAAAAACGAAUUUUUAAUAAAAAAAAAAUUAACUCAUGGCUACCUGUAGAUUUAUAUGUUGGAGGAAGUGAACAUGCUGUUCUGCAUUUAUUAUAUUCCAGAUUUUUUCAUAAAUUCUUAUAUGAUUUGAAAUUAACCAAACACAAAGAACCCUUUCAAAAGCUAUUUAAUCAAGGACUUUUGUUAAAUACAACCUCAUUCUAUUUAUAUACCACCUUAGAUAAUAAACUUGUUAGUUUUGAUCAAAUUAAUGAAAAAAAAAUAAAUACUAAUGCAUACGAUUAUACAAAUCGAGGCACAAAUCAUCAUAUCCAACUAAAUAAAAAAGAAAACGAAAAAAAAAAAAAAAGAGAUAGCCAAAAUGUUUGUGAAACAACUAAUUUAUUAACGAGUCAGGUUUUACCUGACCAUGCAAGCUUUUGUUCAGGUGAUCAAAAUGGAAAUAUAAAUAAAGAAUUAAAAAAUGAAAGAAAUGAAAAUAUAAAAGAAUGUGUUGAUGAAAGGAUUAAGGAUGUGUUUGUGUUGUCAAAUAGUAGUUUAUUAAAUGAGCCUACAAGUAAAAAUAAAAUAAAUGAUGAUAUGAAAGAGAAUGGGAUAGAUAUUUUGGGAAAAAAUAAAAUAAAUGAUGAUAUGAAAGAGAAUGGGAUAGAUAUUUUGGGAAAGAAUAAUUACACUAUAGUUGAUAAUAAGUAUAAGAAAUAUUUAAUUGAAGAAGAUUAUGUAAAGGAAGAAAAGGAUCAGAAAUAUUAUUUGAAGAAUUUUCCGUCCAUCGAAGUACAACCAAAUUACGAAAAAAUGUCUAAAUCUAAAGGGAACACGAUAAACCCAUUAGAUAUAGUAAAAACAUAUGGAUCAGAUUGUUUACGAUUACAUAUAUUAUUUUUAGGUCCCGUAGAUCAAGAUAAGAGAUGGACAACUAAAGGAAUAAAAGGAACGUUUAAGUUUUUAAAUAAUUUAUAUAAUUUAUUUAUAGAAAGAUGUGAUAUGAAUAAUAAAGAGAGUAAUAAAAAGAAUGUGUGUACACAUGUAGUAGAUAAUAAUAGGAAGGAUAUGAUGUGCCAUAAAGAUAAUAUUGAGAAAAAUGCAAACGGUAUUUUAUCAAAUAAUGGAUAUGAAAAAAAGAAAAAGAAAAAAUUAGAAAAUGGAGAAAAAAAAAUAGAAUAUAUUAUUUGUAAAAAUUGUAAGAGGAAGAGUAGUAAUAAAAAAUUACUUUUAAAUUUUUUAGAAAAUAAAUAUGGGUUUAUAAUAGCAAAUGAAAAAUAUAAAAAAGUAAAUGAUUAUUUAAACAUAAUAUUAAAAAAUGAUUCACAUGUAUUUAAUAAAUUAUCUGAUAAAAUAAAAAAGAUAAAAAUAGAAGAUAUUGAAAAUGAAAAGAAAAAAAAAGUAAAUUAUUAUAUAGAAAAAAUUACGAAUUGUAUUAAUGAUAUAAAAUUAAAUACAGCUGUAUCUUUUUUUAUGAAAUUCUAUAAUGAAAUAAAAAAAUGGGAUAUUGUUCCUUUAAAAAUAUUUAUUAUAUUUGUAAAAUUGUUAUAUCCAUUUUGUCCACAUAUUUGUGAAGAGUUUUGGUUUUAUUAUUUAAAAAGAUAUAAAAUUAAAAAAAGAAAAAAAAUAUGUUAUUUCUGUAAUUCAAAUUUAUUAUAUUAUGGAAGGUGGCCUUCUUUAUUUGAAAUAAAACAAAAUAAAUUGGUCAACAUAUCUAUAAAACUGAAUAACAAGCAUAUAACAUUUCUUCAGAGGGAUUUAUCUAGUACAGCUGACAUAACAGAAGAAGCAACUAACUUGAUAAAACAUAAAAUCGAAAAUGAAAUGAAAAAGGGGAAGAAAAUUGUUAACAUAGUAAAUAUUCCAAAUAAAGUAAUAAAUUUUAUAAUUAAAUAG